AUGCCGAAGCUGUCCUCGCAUUCGCGCUCUCUCCGCCUGGCGCUGCAGCCACCUACCUCAUCCACUUGUCGAAGAUCGACGGGUCGUUCGGUCACUUCCUCGCCGCGGAGGACUCUCGCUUUUCCACGCCAUGGGAUCUUGAGUGAUCCAUGGCUCCCCACGCCAUCAGCAGUGUCUCUUCCCACGGCGUUCUUUUCACCCUCGCGUGUUCGACGAGACGUGAGCGGCCUCGGGGAAGGUCCCAACCAGCAAGACCACAAGCCGCCUGACGAGCGGGUGGUAAAGCUGGGAAAGACUCUGCGGACUCUUUCUCCUCUCCUACCUACAAUCCUGUACAACACACUUCCGCCGGAGAUUCUCGCGCCCAGCGUCAACCUUCACCUCUUCCCGUCGACACAUCCUCACCUUCCUACCGUCAAGGGUCGCACCUUGUAUCGCGCCGCACUAUGGACCGUCCCCGUCGCCUGGAGUAGCGUUCCUCUGGUUGGGAAUGUGAAGCUCAAGAUCUUGAGUGAGCGCAUGGUGCGUGCGGGCACGAUUCUCGACCCUACACAUCACGAUCAGCACGAAUGCGGCGACGAGCGGUUGGUCGUGCGCUGGCAAACUGAGCCACGGACUGAUAGCAAACCUUUCCACGAGGCCAAAAGCGAGGCUGCGCCUCAAACCGACGGCGCAUCGUCGUCCCGGUUCUUCGAUUCAGAUCCCGGCCCGAAAGCCGGACAGAGUCAUCUUUCUUCGUCGAGCAAUGGGACGAAUCGAGGACUGAGCGUGCUGUUGGGUGGAGAGGAGCCUAUGUUUAAGCUCUCCAAGGAAGGGCAGUUCACGGGACUCUUCAUCUUUUCUUUCGAUGAGGAGGGUCGUAUCCUGACCCACACGAUCGAGCACGCGGAUGAAGCGAAUGGCUGGGAUCGAACGUCAAAGUUUGUCACUUUGACAGACUGGCUUAUUGGGAAGGCUCGUGAAUCUCUCGAACCGACCCCUCAUCCCGGCCUGGCCAUCUCUUGUGGGAAGCAUGGUCUAGCAUGCCAUCAGUCGGGGCGCUACUGGCGCCAAUAA